AUGCAUCGGGUGUCGCUUUCUCUCAUUUUCAUCUUUUUCUUCAUAUUAUUUAUCCUUCUCUCCCUAUCUGACUCAUUUUUCUUCUUGACCAUUUCUUCCUAUCUAUACAUCUCCUUUACCCUUCUAUCUAUCUCAUUUUUCUUGUUUACUCUACCUUCCCCAUCUCUAUCAAUUAAAGACCAACCAUUGGCUAUCCAACAUGUCGCCACGACAUACAUUUAUCUCCUCCCUUUACGCCCUGAUAUCAAACUCGUUCAUUUACCCUCUAACUCUUUUUUAUUUUUUUUCCAAAAAUCUAAUAUUUUGUUUUGCGUUCCGCAUUUUUCUAUUUUCUUUCUUCAACUGAUUCUUCCUUUUAUUUUGUACGAUUUACAAUUCUUUUGUCUUUCUUUCUUUACUUAUAUAUUUUUGACAUUUUUGCUUAUUUUUUUCUUAUUUUUUAUUUCUUUUGUUCUUAUUUUUAUUUCUUCUUUAUUCUUUCUUUACUCAUUUUCCUUCCGUUUCCCUGUUUUUUUUCAUUCAUUUUCCUUCGUUCAUUCAUCCUUUUUUGUUUGCUUUUACUUUCUUUAUCUAUUUCGGUAUUUAUUUACUUUCUUUCUUAACGUUGACAUGUUCUUUCUUUAUUUUUCCUAA